AUGGGACCCUUCCCACCUUUAUAUUCAAAGACCUACAUCCUUGUGGCAGUAGACUAUGUAUCUAAAUGGGUUGAAGCAAUAGCGUCACCUACUAAUGACACUAGAGUAGUUAUGAAGUUCCUCCAAAAGAAUAUCUUCAGUGUAUUUGGUGUCCCUCGGACACUGAUUAGUGAUGGAGGUACUAAUUUUUGCAACAAACAGCUUGAUUCUGUCUUAAGCCGUUACGGGGUUCGCCAUAAAGUGGCAACACCAUAUCAUCAUCAGACAAAUGGAACAGCUUUCAAAACCCCUAUAGGAACCUCACCAUAUCAACUGGUGUGUGGGAAAUCCUGUCAUUUGCCAGUAGAACUAGAACACAAGGCCUAUUGGGCCACUAGAUUCCUCUUCCUUGAUGCUAAAGCAGCAGGAGAAAAAUGGCUACUCCAACUAAAUGAGUUGGAUGAAUUCCGCCUAGAUGCAUUUGAAAAUGCUAAGAUCUAUAAAGAGAAAGCAAAAAAGUGGCAUGAAAGGAAGAUAUCCUCCAGAGUCUUUGAACCAGGACAAAAGGUCAUGCUCUUCAAUUCAAGACUCAAAUUAUUCCCUAGGAAGCUCAAAUCUUGUUGGAAAGGACCAUAUGUGAUUACUAGUGUAUCACCUUAUGGACACAUAGAACUUCAAGGUAAAGAUCCAAACAACAGGUUCACUGUCAAUGGACAGAGAGUCAGUCAUUACCUUGAAGGAGAUAUUAAGCCAGGAGGCUCAAAAUUGCUACUAAAUUAA